AUGACCACCCCAGACGCCGAAGAUGCAUCUCCCUCACCGGAAUACAGCGGUGAUCAGGACGGGAGCGACAUGGCCGACCAGAAGGACCAGCGCGCUUCGAGCGACGCCCCCUCCACCAACAAUUCUACCAACAACAGCAACACCGCCUCCGCGGCCGCCAGCGCGAAGCCCAACGCCAAAGACCCUCUGCGGCCGCGUCGCAAGAAGGCCCGACGGGCUUGCUUUGCCUGCCAGCGCGCCCAUCUUACUUGCGGCGACGAGCGGCCCUGUCAGCGCUGUAUAAAGCGCGGUCUUCAGGAUGCCUGCCACGAUGGUGUUCGCAAGAAGGCCAAGUACCUUCACGACGCGCCGCCCGAGGCUCUCAUGCCUGGCGUCGGCGGCCACUAUCCUCAUCUCGCCAACGCUGGCCAGCAUGCCGCCACGCCUGUGCAGAACAGCGCGCAGGCCAUGGGCCAGCCGAGCAAUUACUAUCCGCAGGCUCAGCAAGCCAACUACAACGUCUAUCCGAACUCCAGCCAGGGCCAGAUGCCGCCCCCAAUGCAGGAAGCCUCGGCGAUAAAUUCCUACAACAAUCAGCAAUCACCGAUCUCGCCACAAUACAGCCAAAACGCCAAUCAGCAGACAUCCCCGGUACAGAGCAUGGGAGGCAUGCCGCAAAACCAGCAGUCCAAUCCUUCAGGCAUGCAAGAUUUCGGAGGCAUCCCGUUUGAUCCAAGCGACCCUGCAUUAUUCAACUUCGAUCUCGCAAGCCUCAACUUUGGCAACCACUAUGGCGCGCUUGAAUUCGGAAUGCUCGGCCACAUGUCAUCUGGCGCAGCGGAAACGCCACCGGAAAAUAACAGCAUAAUCAACCCCCUGAACCAAGCUGCCAGCCUCUACAACGGUCCUAUGAGUACGGCAUCUGGAUCGUCAGAGAACCUUGGCAUUUCGGCCGGUGGCUUCGGAUUCAAUGAAGGAAUCUCAUCGGCAGAUUGGCAGCCACACUCAAGGCAGGGCAGCACCACUCAGAUCCAAACGCCGAACAACACCCCUGCCACGAGCAACCUGGACCAUCAGCUGCGCCAGGAGGGAGGUCAGAACGGCAUGCCCCUUGCAUAUGCUGUCGGUGCUGGGCCUGGCAGCAUGGCGAGCGCUAGCCCCGGGUCUACCAUGGCGGAUGGACAGAACUUUGAGCCAACAUCGUUUUCGUCACCAGUCUACAUGGCAAAUCAUCAACACCAGCAUGAAGAGCAACGUCGGCAGCAAAUUUACAACAGACAGCAGCAUCUACACAAUCAGAGAGCCCAGCAGCAGCAACAACAACAGCAGCACCAGCAACAGCACCAGCAACAACAAGAAGCGAACCGUAAGCGCCGCCGCGACCCGAGCGAAAUCUACGAUUCCGUCACGGGCCCAUACCCGUACACGGAUGGCUUCCACGGUCUCAUCGCACUCCUCAAACAACGCUUCUCCAUUGCAAAGCGAUCGCGCAUCGCUCAGGCGCUUGCUUCCAUUCGGCCAUCGUUCAUCGCUUGCACAAGCACGCUGAACACUGACGAUCUCAUCUUCAUGGAGAAGAGCUUCCAACGUACUCUUUACCAAUACGAGGACUUUAUCAAUGCACACGCUGUCCCUACAAUCAUCUGCCGCCGUACCGGGCAGAUCGCGGCCGUAAGCCAGGAAUUCAGCUUGCUCACGGGCUGGAAGAAGGAUGUGCUGCUUGGCUAUGAGCCCAACCAGAAUGUCAACACUGGCGGCUCGAGUGGAAGUGCCAUGCAGUCCGGUACAGCGACCGGAACUCGGGGAGUCAACACUCCUCGGGAACCGCAGGCAAACGUGGAGAAUCCGCGCCCGGUCUACCUUGCCGAGCUGCUUGACGACAACUCAGUAUGCCAGUUUUACGAAGACUUUGCAAAGUUGGCAUUCGUGGCGCCGCGUGCGACGGCGACUCGUUCCUGCAAGCUCAUACGCUACCGCACCAAGGAAGAUCUGUCGACGCUGGAGAACAUGAACAUCAAGUCUGAGGAGAGCGGUGGCAAAGAUCAGAACAAGGGCGCAAGAUACACGAAUGGCAACGCUGUGGUCAAGCUCGAGGGGGGUGGCGGUGGCGGGGCGGGAAGGCCUGGCGACAAGGAUGGUUUGAUCAACUGCAUGUUCUGCUGGAGCGUCAAGAGGGAUGUUUUCGAGGUGCCGAUGCUUAUCGUCAUGAACUUCCUUCCCAUUAUGGAAUAG